AUGACUGACUGGGACGUUACUCUCCCUGCAUCCUGGUACACCAGCACUGGCAUCUACAGCUUAGAGAGACGGGCGAUUUUUCUCAACGCAAGUUCAAGGGGGACUCCAGUCUCUCUGUUUCCUGAAACCAAUGUCAACUACGAGCACGAGCUGGCUCAGACCGACUUCAUCGUCCGUCGCGAGACUGAAGAUUGGAGAAGUAUCACCGUCUCCAAGCAGAGCGAUGGUACCGUUAUGCGAUCGCACCUAACUCCAAAUGGACUUCUUUUCUUGACCUUGUCCGACGAGACCUGCUCCUUUGAGGAGUUCUUCCCCGGCUUUGAGGAAUCGACUGCACACGCCGACUUCACUGAGCUUCCACUAAGAUGUCCUCUUAAGUACAUCGCUGAUAAUAAUUGGAAGGCUACGGUUGAUGCGUAUCAAGAGUGCCUCCAUUGUGCCUAUGCCCAUCCGGAGUUUGCAAAAACGUUCAAACCCGCGGGCUACAAAGUCAUUAAUAAGCACAACUACUCGCAGCAUAUUGCUACUGCCACUGGUGCUGACGAUGGUUUAUUCUUCUUCCUUUUCCCCAAUUGCUCCUUGAGCUUGUACGCCGGGGGUUUGACCUGCUGGCGCAUCAAUCCAUCCAAGAAACCCGAACAAGCCCGCAUGGAGUUUGACUACUAUCAUAAAGCCCCUGCUGGGAGCGAUGAGUUCGAAAAGUGGUAUGACUUCACGCGUAAUGUUGCUGUUGAAGAUAUUGAGCUUUGUGAGAAGACUCAAGCAAACCUUAAUGUUGGUAUUUACUCGGAGGGUUUGCUGAAUCCACAAAAGGAGAAUGGCGUUAUCUCUCAGAUGGAGAAAGAUGAGGCCAUGCAGUCCCCAGGAAGGUCAUUUGGGGAACGCGAACCGCCCUUAUCCAAGGGUCUGACUAGCUACUAA